UGAAAGGGCUUUGAAGGGUCUUGUUUUUCUGUGCUUCGUGGGAGGAGAGUUCUAGGCGGCUCAGCGUUGCGCGCUAGGUUUUCUAGGGAUUGAUUGGAUCGGGAGCUGCGCCAGGGCGUGCCGCGGGCCGAGAGAUUUGGGAGGAAUUUCGGAUUCCAAUGGCCGAUGCGGAGAACUCGGAUGCCGUCGUCGCACCGGCGCUCGAGAAGGACGAGGAGGAAACUACCGCUCUCAAGAGCAAGGUGACCGAGCUAGAGAAAUUGCUGGCCGGCAAGGAAGAAUUGGAGAAGGAACUAGAGACUGCCAAGGAGAAGGCUGGCGUUUUGUUUGAGUCGCUCGAGGAUGCCAAGAAGAAUCUCGAGGAUGCCAGCAAGAGAAGCGAUGCUGCUGAAUCCAAGCUCGCGGAAUUGUUAUCGUCGAUGGAGAAGCACACAUUGACCAAGGAGAAACUGGAGAAGGAAGUCGCCGAUGCGCAGAGCCUCGUGAAGGAGCUAGAAGAACAGUUGAAAGGAUCGCAACUUAAGCUGGAAACCAGCGACAAGAAUGCAUCCAUCGCCCUCCAGUCAUCCAAAGAAGCUGCCGCUGCCCUCCAAGCACAAGUGGAUGAGCUCACAGAAAAACUCCAACUUUCCAGUGAUGCUGUCGCGGACUUGAAGAAGAACGAGGAAUCGGCUGCCUUGGCUGCCAAGGAGACGGAAGGAAAGUUGCGGGCUUUGCAGCAAGAUAUGGAGAAGCUACAAGCGGACAAAGCUGCCGAGGUAAAAGCUGGCGAGGAAAAAGUCCAAGAGCUUUCCAGUCAGGUGGCAAUCCUUACGGAAAAGGUUGAGAAAGCCGAGGCUGAAGUAGAAGCAAGCAAGUCCGCCGAGGCGUCACUCAAUGGUCAGCUGGAGGCUUUGUCCAAAGCCAAGGGUGAGCUUGAGAAGCUGCUAGUGGACGCGGAGUCACGAUCGAAAGACGAAGCUGAAAGUCACAAAGUGGAGAUCGAAUCUGCUCGGGCUUCAAUGGCUGAGCUGGAGGCUGAGGUGUCUGCUCUCAAAGCCUCGGUGAAUGAUCUCGAGAAGAAUGCGAAGGAUUCUCUCGAGGAGGUUGAAACGUAUAAGAAGAACGUUUCGGUCCAAGAGGAACAGGCUAAGGAGUGGAUGGAAAAAGCGAAAGAUGUUGAGCGACUUCUUCAAGAAGCUCGGGCGAGAGGAGAUGUUGCUGAAGAAAGCAGCAAGUCAUGGCAGGCCGAAUGCGAAAACUUGAAAGAAAAGGUGGCAGCCGCUUCCAAAUUUGAGGCGAUCUUGAAGGAAACAGAAGCUCAACUACAGCUUCUUCAACAGACGGCAGCUGACGCCGAGAGCAAGAUCACGGCAUUGGAGUCCAAGUUGCGCUCCGCAGAGGAAUCUGCCGCAGGCCACGAAGGUGAUGCCCAAAAGCAUCUGAUGACGGUGGCGGAACUUAGCGAGAGCCUGACAAGUAUCGAAGCCAUUGCCGCUGCUUCUGAAGAAAAGCUUAAGUCGAGCGAGCUUGUGAUUAGUGGCUUGCGGAGUGAUUUGGAAGAGGCAAAGUCAACAGCAGAGAAACACGUGGCGACUGCAGCUGGGAUUCAGGCAAAGCACGACGAUCUUCAAAAGGAACUCCAUGAGAAGCUGAGCCUGGCCGACGAGAAAUACCAAAACUACGAGCGAAGCUUGGAAGAGUCCUCGGCAACGACCUCGCAGUUAAAAGAGUCUCUCCUGGCUCUUCAAAGUCAAGCUAACGAAGCCGCAGAAUUGACUACAAAACUGCAAGCGGAGCUUCAAGAUUCCAAGGACAGGGAAGCGAAGCUCGCUGAGCAGCUCGAAGCGUCCAGAGCAGCAGGUGAAAAGCAAGAGGCAGAUUAUAAAGCGGCAUUGAAUGAGCUUCAAGAAUCGCUAACGAGACAGACGGAGGAGGCGUCCUCUAGACACGAAGCUCUUGCGCGAGAUUUGAGCUCCGGCGUGGAAAGAGAGAAGGAACUUGAGCAGAAGCUCCGGACGGCGGAGGAGACGUCUGCGAUUCACGAGAAGUCCAGCAACGAGUAUAGCCAGAAUUCUGCGCAGCUCGAGGACAAGCUGCGUGAAAUCCAAGCAGAACUUUCCACUCACGCGGCAAAGGCUUCCGAGCUCGAAGGAGUUGUGGAGAGCUCUCGUCAAAUGCAUGUGACACUCCAAGGGAGCGUCGAAGCUGCCGAGAGCAAAUCGGCGCAUUAUGAAGAGCUCGCCAACGUCUCCAACAAGAAGGUUGCGGAGCUGGAAGAGGAGAUGUCGAGUUUACAUUCGAAACUGGCAUCUCUAGAGAAGGUUUUGGCGAGUCAGGAAGAAACUCUGAAGGCGGCUGUUGACACCGAGGCGGAGCUACGUCAACAGCUCAAGCUCGCAGAAGAAACUUCAGCAAUGCACGAGGCAACAGCAGGCGAACGAGAAAAGGUGGCCUCGGAAAGAGAGCAGGAGCUCUCGGCUGUGAACUCCAAGCUGACAGCUUUGAAAGAGACCUUGGCUGGCCAAGAGGAGACUCUCAAGUCGGCUUUCCAAGCCGAGGCAGAACUGCGAGGCAAGCUUUCGAGCGCAGAAGAAGCUACGGCAAAGCAUCAGGCUGACGCAGGGGAGAGCCAGAGAGCCGCAGCGGAGAAGAUCGCCGCUCUCGAGAGUACCAUCGAGAAGCUGGCGGAGAAGCUGGCUAAUACGGAGGAAGUGCUCGAGGCCACCAAACGAGAGGCUGCGAGAUCCAAAGACGCCGAAAGUAAGAAGGUGCAAGAGCUCGAGAAGGAAGCCGAGGCUAUGGCAUCAAACUUUCAAGCAGAGCUCGCGAAGGUCCAAGGUGUGGCGAGCUCUCUGGAGGAAAAACUGGACGAAGCAGCUCGACUCAUUUCUGAGCAGGAGAAGACGAUCUCGCGAAUGCAGGAGAGCGAGGCCCAGCAGCGAGAUGGCUACGCAUCGGAGACCAAGUCGCUCCUCGCCAAGCUAAGCGCGAUGAGCGAAGAGUUUUCCAAGGAAAAGCAGCUGCUGGAUAAUGAGAUAUCUAGUAUCAAAGGCGAGAGAGAGGAUCUUCGUAAGAAGCUGAGUGAGAUCCACGUAAAUGGAGCGUUUGCCAAGAAGUUGGAAACUCGUCCAGCGGAGCCAGCCGUUGAAGAAGUCGAGAUGAGAAGUAUCUCCAGAGAUUUCGAUACCGGAGCUCUCAAGGCAAUGCCGAGGAGGAGGAAAGGAGCGGCUCCUUCCGCAGGAGUUGUGGAGGAGGAGACGAGCAGUGGCGAGGACAAAGUGGUGGGAAAGCAGGGCAAGGCUUCCUCCGGGUUCCUUGGAGCAACCAUUGUCGCGGUUUCUGUGAGCUCCUUCGUCGUCGGCUUACUGGUGGACAGGAAACUAUUUUGAGAGAGAGGAAAAAGAAAAAGUAUAUAUUUUUUCUUAUCUUUGCGGCUUUUCAUAUCCUAAAUUAUUUGACAUACAGAUUGAAAUAUAAUUCUAUGUAGGCUUCUACUCAUCA